CUCGCGUCCGGAUUCUCUCUCUGUCCCAGCAGCUGGCAAGAUGGUGAGUGAGAACGGGGAGGAGAAUCCACAGCAGGAAGGCCUUGGGCAAGUGGAACCGUGCGGAGUGUUAUCGGCGACAUCAGAAAGGAACUUUCCCCAGCGUCAUGGGUGGGGAAAGGACUCUGGAAGUCAAUGCGGGUCAGAGAGGCAGCUGGGAAACCAGCCAAGGGAGAAUGUUGUUCAAUCCAUUCACCGUGCGGGAGGAUGCAGCGAUCUCAAGGAAACCGCAUCCCGACCGAGAAUCCACGCCGGAGAGAGAGACAACACGUGCGUGGAGUGCGGGAAAAGCUUUCAUUGGCGCUCGUACCUUAUUAGACAUCAGAGAACCCACACGGGGGAGAAAUCCUAUAAAUGCCUCGACUGCGGGAAAAGCUUCAGUCAGAGCUCGCUUCUCAUUAGACAUCAGCGAACCCACACGGGAGAAAGACCCUAUAAGUGCCUCGAAUGUGGGAAAAGUUUUAGUGACAACUCGCACCUCAUCGCCCAUCACAGAAUCCACACGGGCGAAAGGCCCUACAAAUGCCUUGAGUGCGGGAAAAGUUUCAUCCAGAGCUCCGUUCUUGUUGCCCAUCAGAGAAUCCACACGGGGGAAAGACCCUAUCAAUGCCCCGACUGUGGGGAACGCUUCAGUCGGACCUCAGAGCUCAUUGUGCAUCACCGAAUCCACACGGGCGAGGAACCCUACAAGUGCCUGGAGUGCGGGAAGACUUUCAAUCGGAACUCCAACUUCGUGGUACAUCAGAGACUGCACACGGGGGAGAGGCCCUGUCAAUGCCAGCACUGUGGGAAAAGCUUCAGGCAGAGCUCCAACCUGAUUGCGCAUCAGAGAAUCCACACGGGAGAGAAGCCCUACAACUGCCUAGAAUGUGGGAAAAGCUUCAUUCAGAGCUCACAGCUCAUUACCCAUCAGAGACUGCACAGGGGGGAGAAACCCUACAAAUGCUCGGACUGUGGGAAAGGUUUCAACCUGAGCUCCAGCCUCAUUCGACAUCAGGGAAUCCACACGGGAGAGAAACCCUAUUACUGCCUUCGCUGCGGGAAAAGCUUCAGCCAGAGCUCCCAGCUGAUCGUGCACCAGAGAAUCCACACGGCAGACGCAUCAGCCUGGGUUGUGCCGAAGAAGCUGCCGGCUCUGUUUGCUUAUAGAAUGAAAGAGGCGAUUCUCAAAGAGCUGGAACAGGGGAGAGAAAAACAUGGCGGUGAAGCCUCCAUGUUACUUGGGGGCAAGGGGGUGAGUUACAGCGAUUCCCCUCCUUCGCCCGUCACCCUGGUGGUCUCCCCUCAUGACAGCAGCAUCUGUCCAAGCCAUGGAGAGUUUAUCUCCCCCGUUCUACCCUUACGCCUGUCACAUGACUCAGUGAUCUCAGCUCCCCGGGAGACGGUGACCUCGCUGGGUGAUGGGGUGGCGGGUGAGACCAAACCUCAGCAGGAAGGUCUUGAGCAAGUGGAACGACAGGGGGCGUUAUCGGAAAGAUCUGAAGGGAAUGUUUGCUGGAGCUCUGUGCAGGGGGAAACUUGGGAGAGUCAGUGCGGGUCAAAGAGGCGGCAGGGAAAUGAGCCUGGGAAAAAAGUGGGUGAACCAAUUCAUGGUGUGGGAGGAGGCCAGGAGCUCAAGGAAUCCCCUGCCCAGCAGAGGGUCCCCAUGAGAGAGAGAAAAAACACAUGCGCCGAAUGUGGGAAAAGUUUCCUUAAGAACGCACACCUUGUUGCGCACCGGAGGAUCCACACAGGAGAAAAACCCUAUCAGUGCCUUGAAUGUGGGAAAAGCUUCAAUCAGCGCUCCCACCUUGUGGCGCAUCAGCGAAUCCAUACCAAAGAGAGACCCUAUAAAUGCGGCGAGUGUGGGACAAGCUUUGUUCACAGCUCCCACCUUAUCGUGCAUCAGAGGAACCACAAGGAAGAGAGACCCUAUAAAUGCCUCGAGUGCGGGAAAAGCUUCACUCAGAGCUCGAGCCUGAAUGUGCAUCAGAGAACCCACACGGGAGACGAACCCCAUAAAUGCCUCGACUGUGGGAAAAGCUUCGAUUACCGAUCGCACCUUAUAGUGCAUCAGAGGAUCCACACGGGGGAGAAACCCCAUAAAUGCUUCAUCUGUGGCACAAGCUUCGUUCACAAAUCAAACCUGAACGCGCACCAGAGAAUCCACAAGGGAGAGAGACCUUACGAAUGCCUCAACUGUGGGAGAACGUUCAAAUCCAGAUCAAACCUUACCAGGCAUCAGAAACAACACACAGGAGAGAAAUCCUAUACGUGCACUGAGUGUGGGGAGCGGUUUGUUGAGAACUACGGCCUUAUUAAACAUCAGAGAACCCACACGGGGGAAAAACCCUAUAAAUGCUUUGAAUGUGGGAAAAGUUUCAACUGGAGCUCAAACCUGGUUGCACAUCAGAGAACGCACACCGGCGAGAGACCGUAUGAAUGCUUGGACUGCGGGAAAAGCUUCAAUCAGAACUCAAACCUCUUUCAACAUCAGAGGAUCCACAGGGGAGACAAACCCUAUAAAUGCUCCGACUGUGGGAAAAGUUUCAUUCAGAGCUCCGUUCUUAUUACGCACCGGCGAAUCCACACGGGGGAGAGGCCGUAUAGCUGCCUUGUCUGUGGGAAAAACUUCAACUGGAGCUCAGCGCUUACUGCGCAUCAGAGGAUUCACACCGGAGAAAAACCUUAUGAAUGCACCGGCUGUGGGAAAAGUUUCAGCCGGAUCUCCACCCUUGCUAGACACCAGAGGCUGCACACUGGAGAGAAUCCCUCGAAUGUGGAAGAAGCAUCAGCUGGGCUCUGAUUGUCUCGUGCAUCAGCAGCUCGACAUAGGGAAGGAGACCUCUUACACACCCUUAGCAAGGAAAAUCCUUCAGGUGGCGCGAAUGCCAUAUUGGACAUCAGAGACUCCUCCACACCGGAGGGAAAAUUGUAUCAGUGCCCAGGUUAGGGCUGGCUAUCGUUUAAAAAACCCAACAUUUCCUCGUUCCCAGACACAUCAGGGGCAUUUGUCUCCCAAGUGUCCAGCUGCCCAUCGCUGGGGUGAGGAUCCAGCAGCAGCUGAUCUGUGACCCUCUGGCUCUGCCUGGUCUAAGCAAACCCCAGGCAGAGGAGGAGAA